UCUCUGACAGUGGAGUGAUUGAUGGCGCUCUAGAGGCCUCAGCUUCCCCCCAUCCUCCUCCCUGGGGUCCCACUAUCAGAUUGUGUGUGUGUGUGCGUAUGUAUGUGUGGGUGUAUUUAUUAUCUUAGGAACGUAACUUCUUGCGGUGACCAAAACACACUCUGCGGUAACAUAACUCAUAUUCCCUGAAAGAAAUCAUCAAAAUAAAUACUCAUUUAUAAUUACAUAUUUAUGUAUUUACUAUAUUUUCCAAGUUAACAGUAUCACAAUUUCUUAUGGGGAAGUGUUAAUAUGUCGUCUUCGAUUGAGACCAUUUGCAGUCACCCCAAUAUCAUCUAAGUGGAGUGUUGCUAGGUCUGGUCUCCAUGGUAACCAAGGCUCAGACCUCCUUGGGGCAGGAAGGCCCCCCAUGGCCAUGAACACACACACACACACACACACACACACAUACACACACAGAGCACACUUACAUUCACCAGCCACCUAUUAGAGCCACUCAAACAAAAAUGCACAUACACACACACAGAGCACGCAUGUACAAAAACACACCCUCUGUUAGGUGGGUAGAUUGGAGUUUGAACAAAGGUCACGGCCAAUGCUAGGCUGCCCAGACGACCUCUGACCCAGAGAAACGCCCCCUCCCCAACAUGCAGUCUGUCACAGUCGUUGGACAGGCCUGGCAGUCUGCCCGUUCACGUCCUAAUGAAGGCCCCAAACAUUCUCACAGAAACAAGGGGUCCAAACAGAUUAGUGAAACUGAAGAUUAGUCUCAGGGCCUUAAGUCUGCUUGGUGUCCAACCUGCAUCUUAAGAUGAAUGGACUGGGGGGGGGGCACAAUCACUGCUCUGACUGUAACUGACCAUUUUCAUUAAUCUGCCGAUUAUUUUCUAGAUUAAUCAAUAAAUCAUUUGUCUAAAAGCGUCAAAUUCCUUGUUUUAUCCGAUCAUCGGCCAAAUAAAAGCAGCAAAUCCUCAAAUUUCAGAAGUUAGGCCAAUUUAGGCCAAUAGGCGGUUCGUUUUCUGUUGGUUGACCGAUCAUUAAUCGAAUAAGCGUCUCAGCUGUAAAUCCAGCUAUUUACCCAAAGACAUUGUGCUUCUGUGAGUUUUUUUAAGAAGGCAAUGUACCCAAGUGUACUAUGAUAUUGUCUGCAUAGUACAUAUAAACGUAUCCCAGAACACCAGUAUUUGUCUGUAUUUUAGGACAGAUGUAAAAAGAUGUCUCUGUAUAUCAGAGAGCACCUCCAGCGCCAUAUGCACUUGUGAGUGUCUAUCCAGCAGUACAUUGGGCGGUUGUAAAUCACCACAUAAAGUAUUUAUAAGGUUAAACUUGGGAACUCUGCUGCCGUUAGCUUUUGAAUUAGUGAACUCGGACCAAGGGACAAGGAAGGGGAGGGAGGGGGGUGAUCAGUGGUCUGCCUUGUCCCCUCUGUAGAUGGAGUUUAUUUCUUCAUCAGGAUUAGAGAAUCAAGAGUGCCACCUUGUGGUUGGUUCGUCCUGCUGCCAGAGCAGCACUUUUGGCUCUCUCAGAUUUAAAAAUCUAGGCAAUAUUUCUGCUGAAACAUGCUCGUCUGCUUCCUUGAUCUCAUUCUCUGAUGACAGAUUUUCACUAAUUUCGCAUCUUCUUGGUCGGUUAAUCCUUGUGGGCGGCACUUCUGGUGGCUCAUAUCUAGUUAAUCUGCAAUGUUCCACUUUCAUGUCACAUCUAUUCGUCACAUGAACAGAUUUUGCGGCGUGACUUUUUUUUUUGCGGCGUGGCGUGCAUCACUGUGUGCAGCCUAUACAGUGUGGGUUGGUCAGUGGUACAGUGAGUGUUGUGACAGAGUUUUUCCUUCCGCUCGGGGUUAGAGUGGAGCUGUGGCUGGCAAACUUAGCCGAGGAUGUCUCACAUCUUCUCUUGUUGGUGUCGACCUCCCUCGACAGACCACCUUACCUCCCACUGAUGUGCUCGCUCGCAACAACCCCACAGUCUCACACGAACGACCAAGUAGAGAUGGUCAUGACUCAUGGUGGACAAAACAGACUACGAGAGCUUGUUAGAACAGCUUGGAGUUGAGGAAAAACUGCUCAGUUUGACUUAUCGUUAAGGUUUUGAAGCAACACUGGGUCACAUAUCGUGCAUACAUAUCAUACACUCUUCGGUCACAAUGUCAAGCCUGCUGUUUUUCUCUUGCGUGUGUGUGUGAGUGGCUGUUUCCAGCCGCGCCAUCACUUUCCGUCGGCACCCGUCAUCCCCCUCUUUUUCACCUCAUCUAUCUCUUCGAUCUCCUCGCUCACUCACUCUCCCACUCUCUAACCUCUUUCGUGUCCCCCUUUCUUUCUCUUUUUUCUUUUGUCUUGUGUUUUUCUCUCUUCUGUGCCGAGUUCCUACUCUUUUGAGGCUUACUUCCUGUUGUGUUGCAGGAUGUGGGGAGGAGGUGGGGCUUGGGGGGUGUGGACUAGAGAGAGAGAGAGAGAGUAAUUCUCUCAACCAUAUAAUUUAAUACACUCCUCCUUUUGGUUUGAGAGAGAGGGGUAGAGUGAGAGUUUUUCUUUACGUAGCGUGCACACACGCUCUCACACAGACACAGAUAUGACCAAGACAGCAGCAAUAGCAGCAAAGGACUUCUUCAAUAUGUGGUUGCCAGAUAUCAGGAUGUCAAAGGCAGUAGAGGUCGAGAAAAUCGGGGCUGACUCACCGUUGGAGGGAACAGAUUCAGAGCGGAAUGGACCUGAAUCAAAUCACCAGGCACAGUCAAUGAAAGUCAAUCCCUUUCCCCUUUCACCGACCCUGAGCAGCAGCAAGAAUAAGAUGGAGGAGUGUGAGAUGUCCCUGGCUCUUCCUCUCUCUCACGGCCCGACCCCCUCACAGACGGCCAUGCAACAUACACAGCUCAUGCUGACCGGCUCCCAACUAGCAGGGGACAUCCAGCAGCUGCUGCAGCUUCAGCAGUUGGUGUUGGUGCCCGGCCACUCGCUCCCAUCCCCUGCCCAGUUCCUCCUCCCACAGGCACAGCAGGGCCAGCAAGGACUCUUAUCGACACCAAAUCUCAUUUCGCUACCUCAGCAAAACCAAGGGAGCCUGCUGUCUGCUUCAAAUAGAAUGGGACUCCAAGCACAUCGAGAUAAGAGUAUGGAGGUGAGCGGUGUGACCACGGUGUCCUCAGUGACCUCUCACCCCGAGGAGCCAAGUGACCUGGAGGAGCUGGAACAGUUCGCCCGCUCUUUCAAACAGAGACGCAUCAAACUGGGCUUCACACAGGGAGAUGUUGGUAUGGCCAUGGGGAAGCUGUAUGGCAACGACUUCAGUCAGACCACAAUCUCUCGCUUUGAAGCCCUCAACCUGAGCUUUAAGAACAUGUGCAAGCUGAAGCCACUGCUGGAGAAGUGGCUCAAUGAUGCAGAGACCAUGUCCAUAGACUGUACCUUGCCCAGCCCCAGCUCCCUGUCCUCUUCCUCUAUGGGCUUUGACGGGCUUCCUGGUCGCCGCAGAAAGAAGAGAACCAGCAUCGAGACAAAUGUACGCGUGGCCCUGGAGCGCGCAUUCAUGACGAACCAGAAGCCUACCUCAGAGGAGAUCCUAAUGAUCGCAGAGCAGCUCAACAUGGAGAAGGAGGUGAUCCGGGUCUGGUUCUGCAACCGCCGGCAGAAAGAGAAACGCAUCAAUCCCUCCAGUGCCACCCCUCCCCUGCCCAGCCAGCCCCCCACUGCCCCACAAGCGCACAAACAGCCCUGCUACAGCCCUCACAUGAUGUCCAGCCAGCUGUCGCAGGCCGUGACCAGUCUCAGCACAGCAGUGACCACCAUGUCCCCCGUCUGCUCCCUGACUUCCAGCCUCACCUCCACCCACCCCUCUCUCAGCUCCGCACCCUCCCCGGUGACUCCUCCUCCCCGAAGCACGGCCAGCCCAGCCACUCCCAGCCACAGCACACUCAACCUUAACACAGGCUUAUGGCGUAUGGGUAAAAAGAACGGUGACGUGUCUAACUACAUCACCGAUUUUGCUGCAAACUUGAGGAACACUGUGAUGGGAGUUAACACAGGGAUGAACCAAGCCCUCCUCGGUAACAAUCCCCUGGCCACUCUCCAAGCCCUGGCAGCCAGUGGUGGCCAGCUGCCUCUUUCCAGUCUUGAGGGGGCCGCAAAGAUGAUGUUUGGGGCCUCUGGGGGCCAGGGAGGGUGCCUCCCCUCCUCCCUCUUCCUCAACCACCCCGCCCUUCUCCACUUGGGCCAGAACCCCGGCGUUGGACUGAUCAGCGCCGCCCUAGCUAAAGCCUCCCAGGCCUCCCCAUUCCCCUUUGCCUGCAGCAUAAGCCCCACCCCCUGCUCCCCCUCCCCCUGCUCCAGCCCCGCCUCGUCCUGCUCCUCCAGCGAAAUGGCACACAGCCCAACCUCUCUGGGCGGAGCCAAGAUUGAGUGACUGCGCCAAGGGCCAAUCAGAGAGGAGGAGGAAGGAGGAAACGAGAACCUCGCCUUUCACACCAAAGCUAUCUCUUUCUCUCUCUUGCGCUCUUCUUCCGUUAUUUUUUUCGCAAUGGCUCUCUCUCUCUCUUUC